UGUGUGAGGAAAAUGUCAGAAAAUUAUAUCGCAUCCAUCGCUCCGCGCUUUUGAGUGAUUUUCCACUUGAAAAACUGUCGGUGCACAUGUGAAAAGUGGUUAAAAGUGUAGUUUUAGUGUUUGAUCACUCUGUUUGCCAUGUGAAAUGUGCGAAAAGUGUGCAAUUGUGUGGAAAUUGUGCAUAAAUCAAAACUUGUGUUUUCGAUCCAAUCACCCGUCCUCCUUCAUUACCCCGCAAUACUCAAUUUGUGGCAUUUACUAGCAAAGCGCGGAGUUUCAGGCGACAGUGAGAGUGUGAGAGACACAAUAGGAAUUCCACAAGGGAAGUGAUCGAAAGUGGAAACUAAAAUUAUGGCCUGAAGAUCGAGUGUGUGUGAAGAGCAUUGAUUGUGGCUUAACGAGGAAGAAUCACACAACGAAGAGAUGUCAAGUACGAACGGCGAGAACAAUGUGAAGAUGCAGUCACAUGAGAUCUACGAGAAUCUACCUUGUCAGUCAAUUGUGUCGGACUCUGUGACAAAGAUCAAGAACAACGAGUCGAUCAUAAUUAGUAAUAGCAAUCAAAAUGUGGCGUCGAAGCCUAAUCUGGCCAAAGAGUUGCUGUACGCGACACCGCUAAGGAAGUCCGAUCGCUUCAAGGGUCGCGAUCGUAGUGGCAGCCACCGACCUCCGCGACCGAGUCACUUGGAGGGAUUCCCCGAGUCGGCUCAGUACGCUGAGAAGGUGAACAAUGCGGAGAAUAAUCGCUGCGAGUCCUUGCCGUCGGUGGAGGGGAGCAACUUGAGUUCAAUACCCAAUCAGGAUCCUAUUCUGGAGCAGAGGCGCAUCAGGAACUUCCUUAAGGAUCCGGCGGUGUCGCACAAGAAGCUGGAGCCAGUGUCCAAAGAUAAUCCCAAUGCGAAUUUCUCGCACUUGGCGCGGGAGGAGCACUUUGCUAAUCUUGUGCAGCAGAAUGUGAUCACAGAGACGGAGGCGGUGGAUCAAGACCCCGAGAGUCCGUCGAAGAAGAGUGAGGCAACAGACAAAUUGGACUAUCUCACGAAUAUCAAUAACAAGCCGUCGCCAGAGAAGGAGAGUGUAACCAAAGCGAGCGAAUGUGAGCCACGGACAGGUGAUCGCGUCUACAUUAAUCGCGAGUGGGUGCUGAAGAAGAUUGCCAUGUGCCUGGAGCAGAGGAUCUUCAAGAAGCCCAUUCCCACGCCUGGUGGGAGCAGCAGCACUGAAGUGGCUCCGAGUUUGCCCAUUGAGACGCCCUCAGGAAGUUCUGGCUUUCCGCCAAAAGCCUCCUCGAGCCACCAUCAAGCGUCUAACUUACCUCAGGUCGGCUGCCUAGUGCUGGGAUCCAAUGGCUCAGGGAAGACCUCAAUUUGUCGCAGUAUACUUGAGGGUGUCUCAGGAACAAAAGGCAUUCUUAAUCGCAAGCUUCUCUGUUGUUACUUCAUCAACUCACAGAAUCCUGAGUGCAACAGCCUGAGCAUGUUCGUGAGGAGUCUUGUUCUGCAAAUCCUCAGUCACUCCAGUUACUUGAACUCCAAGGAUGACGUGUCCGGAGAGGCGGGAGCUGAGGGAGUGGACUUGAUCACGUUCGAGGGGAAGAAGAUGGAUAAGGCGAAGAUUGACGAACUCGAGGAAAUGCUAAUAUCUGAACUGAAACUGUCUGAACGUGUGGCAGAGUUUUGCGCCAAGAAAUCACCAACAGGGAAGAAACCGGUAGUGAGACAGCAAUCGGAACCCACGGAGAACCGAGGCGCUGAGGAGAAUUGCACGGGAUACGAGACUCAUCCGCCGGGACAGAAGGCUGAGAAGCUGAGGAAACCCCAUGCGGAGGUUGCAGAGGAGGAGCAGGCGAAGGUAAAGAGUCCGGGCAAGAAGGUGUCCAAAAUUCCAGUAUUGAUCUCAAGUCGAGGCAGUCCGAAGGUGAGCGUGAGUCAGGAGGAGAAUGACACUGCUGGAGCUUGUGGCGGAGCUGAACAGGUGACUCAGCAGAAUUCUGUGACUGAAGAGCAGGAGGGAACCAGUGAGGCGGACACAUUUUCCGCUCCAGAAGCCGAUAGGCGUCCGCCAGCGGAGGAACCUGAGAAGGACGAGAAGGAGCAACCUGAAGAUGAGACUGAAGUGUCGAAAUCUCCUCCUGCUGAGGCGUCACUCAGAUCCGAGAACAUCCCACCGCCCCUGCCAAAGUCGAAGAGCUGCAGAACUGUGGUUGCAGAUGGAUACUAUGAGAUGCUCCUCAGCAAUCCGGAGAUUUUUGAGAGUCUCAAUGUGGACAACAUUGAGAAGAAUCCCGACGAGUGCUUCAAGAAGGCUAUUCUGUUUCCGCUGCUCGAACUGACGCCACCAAAGACAGCACUGCUUUUCCUCGUGGACUCCAUCGAUGAGAAUUACAUCAACGAGGGCAGCCUCAUGUCCACGCUCAAGGGCAAUCGCAGUGCCAACAAGAGCCGCAAUAUUGCCGAAUUGCUUUCCAAUCACGUUCAUCUAUUUCCCAAGUGGAUGUUCAUGGUGUGCACGGCGAAGAAGCAGAGCAAGCACAUAACGAAGAUGUUCACUGGCUUCAAGAAAAUCACCCUCGAUGAUCUGCGGAAGAGUCAUGUGGUGAAGGACGUGCAGGAGUAUAUAAUAGUGCGUCUCAAUGCGGACUUCAAGGGGCUGAUUAAUCUCACUAAGGACGUUAUUGACAGCCUCAAUCAGCUCUACUUGAAGUCCAACGGAUGCAUUCUCUAUCUGCAGAAAGUGCUGAAUGGAAUCAAGGAGAAUUUCUUCUCCUUCCGCGAAAUAAAACUGAUUCCCUGCACGCUGAACGGUCUCUACCUCUACAUCUGCCAGAAGUCAUUUAACAAGAAGCAGUACAUGAAGAUUCGACCCAUUCUCAACAUCCUGCUGGCCUGCAGUUCCUUCGUGGACCACAUGUUCGUCUUCAACUGCCUCCGCACGCACAACUACUCAAUUGACAUGGAGGAGUUCCACAAGAGACUGCAGCUCAUGCGAAACAUUGUGGUGUUCGAGGGGGAAAAGCUGAAAAUCUUCCACAACUCCUUCUGUGACUGGCUGGUGGACGUGAAGUUUUCCACGAAGAAGUUUCUGUGCGACGUGAAUGAGGGACAUGUGAUGAUCUCAAUGUACUACACUCUCGUGAGUGACACUCUCUGUCCCAACAAAGUGCGUCGAUUCAUCUACCAUCUGAUCAAGUCGGGAGAGUAUCUCACCAGCAAGAACAUCAAUCUUGACCUUAUUCUCAUUCUGCUGGACUCGAGAACCAACCUCAGUGACUGUUUCUACACAAAUCUUCUCAAUUGCUGCAAGAUUUGUGAGGAUGAGUGCAUGAACGAUAUGAAUUUUCUGCCUAAGACACAAGAGAUGUUGGAGAAAUUCCUCAAUUCUCUGCUAAAUCCCGACUUGUCCAAUUUCCUCUGUGACUUCUUCAAACCAAAUCUCCCCACUGACGCCAAAACCCUCAAGAUGCUCAUCGAAGCGGGAAUCAACAAUGCUGAAUCACAGCUCUCGUAUGAGUCAUCAAUCAAUUCACCCGUGCUGUCGGAUAAAUCGCAGAAUAUUGACUCAGAAUUGGCGGAGUUGCUCAUCUCGAGUGAGAGGAGUUGUCACCACGAAGUGCAACGAUCAACGAGUCACGCCGGUGGAGCGGAUCAGUCUCUCACGUUGGACGACGCGAGCACGAUGCAGCAAAUGUCGGACUCGCACUGCUUGGAUCUGCACAAAGGAAAGGCGCUGAUUCACUUGCUGGCCAACGAAGGCAAUCACGUGCUGCUGGAGAGGGCUCUGAAGGCGUGCAAGGAUCCGAUUGAUCUGGAGAUUGAGGAUGUCAAUGGGCAGACAGCACUCAACAUUGCCAGUCGCAAUGGUCACAUCGAUGUGGUGCGUCUGCUGCUGAACUUCACGCAGCCUCUGGCAGAUGGCACGGGACGCGUGCGAGGUGUGGAUGUGAAUCACGCGGAUCGCGACGGAUGGACUCCACUGAGAUCCGCCUCAUGGGGUGGACACACGGAAGUCGUACGACUGCUCAUUUCACAUCCAGGAUGUGCCAUUGAUUGUGCCGACAAGGAGGGCAGAACGGCUCUGCGAGCGGCCGCUUGGAGUGGCCACGAGGAUAUCCUGAAGAUACUCAUCGAGGCAGGAGCGAAUGUGAAUUCGGUGGACAAACAGGGAAGAACAUCUCUCAUCGCUGCAUCCUAUAUGGGUCAGUAUGACAUCGUGGAGAUCCUUCUGGACAAUGGAGCCGAUGUGAAUCAUCUGGAUCUCGAUGGAAGAAGUGCUCUCUGUGUGGCGGCACUCUGUGGAAGUUCUGGGUACAAUCGAGUGAUUUCGACUCUUCUGGAGCACGGAGCGCACACUGAUCAGCUGGAUAACGACGGAAUGUCAGCUCUGCUAGUGAGUUCGUUCGAGGGAAAUGCGGAGAUUUGCGAAUUGCUGCUCGAGAAUGGAGCAGAUCCGGAUCUGGCGGAUUACAUGGGAAGAACACCUCUCUGGGCGGCUUGUACUGCUGGACAUGCUUCGGUGGUGCGAUUGCUGCUCUUCUGGGGAUGCAGCAUUGACUGCAUGGACUCAGAGGGUCGCACUGUGCUGAGCAUCGCAUCGGCUCAGGGGAAUUUGGAGUCUGUGCGACAGUUGCUCGACCGAGGCCUCGAUGAGACCCAUCGGGACAAUGCCGGCUGGACGCCACUCCACUAUGGCGCCUUUGAGGGAUAUGCGGACAUCUGUGUUCAGCUGCUGGAGUCCGGGGCGAAAAUCGAUGAGUGCGACAAUGAAGGCAAGACAGCUCUUCAUCUCGGUGCCCAAGAGGGACACAAUAGUGUCGUGGAAGCUUUGCUGGAGAUUCACGCAGCUUGUGUGGAUCAGAAGGCGCAUGAUGGGAAAACGGCUUUCAGGCUGGCUUGUCUUGAGGGGCACUUUGAUUGUGUCCAGACACUUCUCAAGUACGGAGCGGAUGUCAAUUCUAGAGAUGCUGAUUCCCGAACAACGCUCUACAUCUUGGCGCUGGAAAAUAAGGUGAAAGUGGUGAAGUUUCUGCUAGAGUGUGCCAAUCUGGAUGUCAACUGUGCCGACAGCGAAGGCCGAGCAGCGCUGCAUGUGGCCGCUUGGCAAGGACACGCUGAGAUGGUGCGACUGCUCAUCACGGCGGGCGGCGCUGAUGUGAACGCCAUGGACUUGGAGUGCAGAACUCCACUGCACUCAUGCGCUUGGCAGGGGAAUCACGAGGUGAUGGACAUUCUGCUCUGCUAUGGCGCCAUUCCGGAUCAUGCGUGCAAACAGGGCGCCACCGCUUUGGGGAUCAGCGCUCAGGAGGGUCAUGAGCAGUGUGUGGCGAUUCUCCUGCAAUUCGGGGCGAAUCCCUACAAGUCUGACCACUGUGGGCGGACACCCAUCAAGCUGGCGGCAAAGUCCAACAGGAACAACGUUCUCAGGAUACUGGAGACGUUCGCGAAGAACAACAGCGAAGCUCCUCCGGUAAUCAAGUCACCGGAUCGCCCGGAUAAGCCACCGAUUGGGGGCAAUCCGUCGCCCAAUUCAUCUAACUUGCUCAUGCCCAAUGUGGCCAGUGCGACGGGAUCCACGCAGAGCAGCAAUUUCUACGAAAACACAAUGCACUCCGAUCACAGUAGUCUUCAGAAGCGCAAGAGUGUCAUUUCUAGUCACUCGACCGGGAGCAGCAAUGAAGUUCCGAUCUCUUUCACGCAGCAACUGCAGAAGCACUCACGACAUCAUGGAUCACGCAGCACGCAAUCGAGUCAGGGCGGCGCAAUUGUUGUCACGAACAACAGCAAAUUCAGCAAAAACCCCAUGAAACAUGCUCAGGUUCUACCCAAUGUUCAAGAAUAUCAUCAAACCAAUAUUGUGAAUGAAGCGGAUUUGUUUGACUUGGGCUGCAUGUCGCCACUUUAUGCCACUCCGCCGCACUCGCCGAGCAGCGAUAUCAGCUCUCCGGGGCAACACUUGCCGCCGCAUCACUUUGAGGAAAUUGGCGGCAAUGUCGGAGGAGCCACAAAUCAGCCGAUCAACUCCACGGAUCAGCAUUUUGCCAGAGACACGCACAUGCGAAUAAUUCUGGGGAACAACAACAAGGAUUCCCACAAAGAUUCAUCAGCGAAAUCCUCAAAGAGGAGCGGAAUCGCCACCAAUCCGGCUGUUCGAAUGAUCCGCAGCCGCUUCGAUUCGGCGGCCAAUCUCAUCAGACGCACAAACAACAUCUUGUCCAGCAGCAGCAAUCAAGGAUCAUCGAGCAUUGGCGUGAAAUCUGGCACAUUUCAGUGGCGCAAGGAGAGUCAGAUGUAGAGUGUUUUGGGCCUAAUUUUCAACAACUCACAAGUCAUGGUUUCGUUUUGACCCUUGUUUGCUUGAUGAGGUGAAUUUCCCCGGAUUUCUGGUCUCUUAAAGUAUUCUUCUCCCUCGGACAAUGCGAGCGAGACUGAGAUUAUAAAAAAGCACACAUUUUGAGAAUCACAAGACACAGAAGAAUUUAAAUGUGAGCAAUUGAUACAAAGGCUAAAAGAUAUUUUCAUGUUUAUUUUUGUCCCUUCGCAUGGAAAAUAUUUUUGAAAAUGACAUUAUUGAUUGAAUAUUGUGGGAGAUACAGAUAAACUGAUUAGGUUAUAAAAUAAAAUAGGACGUAAAGUAGGAUUAGUGAGAGAAAGUACACAAGAUACGAAUUAUUUAUGUUCUAUUUAUUCAUUAUUUUGUACGUUUUAUUAUUUUAACUAUAUGCUUAAAUUCUAGUCGUGAUGAAGAGUGAUUUCAUGGAUACACUUUCUCAUUUUUUUUUUUUAAUUUCAUUUGAGACAUGGAACUUUAUUUUUUAAAUGUGAAUAUAAAGAAAGUCCUGAUCUUUGAGAUGCAUUUUAUCAUAAAUGAUGAUUAAACGUGGACUCUGCUUCCCUAAUGAUUUAUUUUUUUGUCUUUCUUUCAACUUAAGCAAUGAAUGUAAAAGGACAUAUAUUAAUUAAAAAAGAAAAACAGAAUAGUCAAUAAUUUCCAAUGGCAAUAGAUUGUUACUUUGCAGGACAAUGUCUUCACUGACGAUAAUAGUAUUUUGGAAGGUAAACAAAACUAAUAUCACUUUAAUCUUAAAAAAAAAACCUCACAUUGCAAUUUCAGAAAAACGAUAUUUUACUCUUCGCAAACUAUCCAGGAAAAAUCUAUAGAAACUACUUUCUUAAAACAUAAUAGUUUGAGGCUUUUCACGCCAUCGCCUUUCACAAAUAAAAAGCAAGCAGAUUAAAAAGAUGACAAAAAGAAUAUAUUACAGAGAAACGAAUUAUUCAGAAGAAAAUUGCAUUAUAUAGACGAGAAAAUAUAAAAAAAAAUUCAAAUUUAUAACACUUAACAAAGUAAAAAGGAAAUAAAAAGAGUAAAUAAAGAAAAUUCUGCCCUUUA